GGGGGGGGGGGGUUCCCUUUCGCAGUGGCGCGAGCGAGGAAUUGCAGGGCUGCACCUUGAUCAAUCAACUACAUCGACUUCAAGUAUCAGCUCUGGAAGCUUGGCGUUGUGUUCACCGAUAACUCCUGGCUCUACCUGACAUGGUACAUGAUCAUGUCCAUGCUGGGCCACUACAACAACUUCUUCUUUGCCACCCACCUGCUGGACAUCGCCAUGGGCGUGAAGACACUGAGAACCAUCCUCUCGUCCGUCACCCACAACGGCAAGCAGUUGGUGCUGACGGUGGGGCUGUUGGCCGUGGUGGUCUACCUCUACACCGUCAUUGCCUUCAACUUCUUCCGCAAGUUCUACAACAAGAGCGAGGACGAGGACGAACCCGACAUGAAAUGCAACGACAUGCUCACCUGCUACAUCUUCCACCUGUACGUGGGCGUGCGCGCUGGCGGGGGCAUCGGAGACGAGAUUGAGGACCCGGCGGGCGACGAAUACGAGGUCUACCGCAUGAUGUUCGACAUCACCUUCUUCUUUUUCAUCAUCGUCAUCCUCCUCGCCAUCAUCCAGGGUCUGAUCAUCGACGCGUUCGGUGAGCUGAGAGACCAGCAGGAGCAAGUGAAGGAGGACAUGGAGACGAAAUGCUUCAUUUGUGGAAUUGGAAAUGAUUACUUUGACUCCGUUCCACAUGGCUUUGAGACGCACACCUUGCAAGAGCACAACUUGGCCAAUUACCUAUUUUUCUUCAUGUACCUGAUCAAUAAAGAUGAGACGGAGCACACUGGACAGGAAUCGUACGUUUGGAAGAAGUACCAGGAGAGAUGCUGGGAGUUUUUCCCCGUCGGCGAUUGUUUCCGCAAGCAGUACGAAGAUCUGCUCGGAUGAGCCGAAAAUCCCAGGGAUUUCCAUCUUUUCAUUAUUAUUUUCUAUCCUUUUGUCUCUCUCUCUCUCUGCCUUCGUGCAAUGCAAACAAGACUCUUUGAAAAGGCACGAUUGAAAGCAGUGUUACCUUUGUGAUGUGUGACCCCUGACCCCCCCCCAAACCCUGGAGGCGCGCUCAACUUUAAUAUUGUGCGAAAAGACAAAAAUGAAGAACACGACUCCGUAGUACUCUUAGUUUUUUCGGUAAAGUCACGUAGGUAAAAAAUGAAAUAAAAAUUAAUAAUAAUAAAAUAAUAAAAAAUCACGACGUUUCGGAGGCAACACAAGUCUCCGUCAUCAGGUGGGACCGUCGUGAUUUUUAUUAUUAUUUAAUUUAUAUUAUUUUUAUUUAAUUUUUUUACCUACGUGACUUUGCCUAAAAAACUAAGAACACGACUCCGCAGGUUUAUUCUCGGACGUACCGCGUCCUCUCCGAUGCUUCUUCGGUUUGUACCACGUGUUGCUCGGCACGAUGUCCGACGUUUCGCUCCACGAACUGAAUUUUCUUUUAGCCCCCGCCCUCCCCCCCCCCCGCAGGCACGUGGAGCAAAACGUCGGACGUCGUGCCGAGCAACUCGCGGUGCACCCAGAAAAAGCGUCGGACAUGUGACAAUUAUUAUUAUGCGUAAUUUUGCAUUCAGAAACUGAAUAUGCAUAUGAGCAUCAUCCAUGUGUGUUUGCACAUACUGUACCUAUACAAAUGUUAACGUGUUACGAUCCCGUAACAUGGUGUUUGAUUGAUCAAUCAUGGAGGCAUAAGGAUGAUAGGUUGAACGAAUUGAUCUCUCACUUGGAUUUGAACUCACAGCCUACCAAAACCGUGGCUCAAUCUUCCGACGGCGUUGGUUGAACCUGACGCACACCCUGCACCCGUUCAUGUCAACAAGUUCGCCUGCAGUGUUACCAAGUCAUUGGGCUUCGCUAUGUUUGCAAGAUGGACAAAAGCGGCAUAUAAGCACACCGAAUAUAGCAAAGCCCUGCCACCUCUUGCCACAGACAUCUGGCUCAGGCAACUCUGCAGAGCCACGUCGAUUUGAGGCCCUUCUUGCCAGCAGUUGUGCAAGCACACCAAUGCAAGGCUUCUCUACCAUUACCUUCAACGUACAAAACACGGUUCUGAUAUAAGCAAGCCACUCGUAGGUUACACUGGUGUGGGGAAGGCAAAGGGAAAUUUCUGGAUGCAAGGACACUUCGGAUAUAAGUCCACCUGGACUCGCUGCCUAUUCAAAAGUGAAAAGUGAUUUCCUGCUCGUGUGAGCAUUUAAGUCAGCGCUCAACCUCCUAUUGACAGUGCUGAGUCAGUGGUGGUAAAAAUCGACAUUACUAGUGCAGGGGUGAGUCUUACCGAUAGGAUGAUCGCUGUUGGCUUCACCACAAGGUGAUUACCUCAUUUUAUGAACCCUGUAGGGAUGAUGGGCUGAAUGAUCCCCCGACCAGGAUUCUGACUCAGCAUCCUGAUUGCGAGCCGUUCGCCCUGCCGCUGAGCCGGCUUGCUCCCAAGGACUGUGCUUAAUAUUCCAGCUACUAAUUUGCUAAAUACAUGAUCGUCGUGUUAGCUGCCUCCGAUCAGCACGGUUGACUACGUACGGCGCAAAAGAAGUUUCAACAUGCAUAUGGACAUCUGUAGGCAUCCGGUACAUGUUUCAAACGAAUGACCAGUGCUUAUUUUCUUCUUUAUCCUCCUGCCAAGUGGAGUGUUAACCCAGCCAGUAAAAAAAUCUACUCGGGGGACUCAAAAUGAAUAAUGAAAGUCUCCCUAUUGUGUGUGUGGUGGCGAAACCCAUUGACCACGUGACUGACCACUUGCCCACGUGGAAGCGCUUGCACGCAGGGAAGGUUACGGGACGUCACAAGAGCGACUCCCGAUGCCACCGAUGGAACGGAUUACCAACCAAAAAUGCAUUGGCAGGUUGCUUUUCAAAAAAAACACCGCACGAAAGACGGAGAGAGAGAGCGCGAGAGACGAGGGCACUCGCAUGCCGAGGUGCGUUUGUGAUCAGGCCAGCGGGCGUUGUCAGUCAGUGUCGCGCGAUCCAUCCGCCCAUCGAUCGUCGUUCGCGUUGGAAACGAACGCACUCGCAUUCAUAAAAAAGGAGGGCUGCGGUUAAGCAAAUCUCAGCCCAACGGAACAUUGACCGAGACGCGACGCGUUUUGGCGCUGAUACUGUGGCGCCAAUGUUUGGUUUGGCACGGAAAAAAAUUUACCCGUAAAAACAAGUUUUUCACUAUAAAUCCUUUAUAUGCGUGGCGGCUAGAGUCCUCUCGUCCUCUGGCUUGAGAUGGCUGCCACCUAUGGGUCAGAUGAUUGCCUGCCACUAUUAAGCAAUUGGUAAUUAAAUAUAAUUUUUCCUAAAAAGUGUGAAAUUUAGGGAAAAAUUUUUUACGAAAAUAAAUUGUCACGCACAACGAGUAUGUGUGCAAAAUGUCAGCUCGAUUGGAUCACGGGAAGUGGGUUAAAAAACGACCGAAAGAUUUGCAUGGUCGUAAGCGUGCAAGCAAGUAAGCAAGUGAACUUAAUAUAAAGGAUUUAAAAAUAGAUUUGCCGCGAUUUUGGUCUGCGGUUGACGGCUAGAGACAAUUGUAUGAGAUCUCCGCCACCUCGUCUGGCGUUGAAGCUGGGAAAUCCUCGAUGUUUCUGUUUCUCUAACAUCAGGAAGAACCCGGCCACCUCUGUUCAAUUGCUGACACGAAUUGUCUUUGUUGACAAUAUAUAACAAUACAUUGCGCUGUGAAACUCUUCCGGGGCGUUACGAAAGUUUAUUCACAACUUCCUUGGCCAGGCCGUGCGCAACACUUUUAAUAAAUAAUGCAACGCUUAAAAACAUGAACAUUGUUCUCUAACAAAUUAUUUUGUGGAAGGAAAACAAACGAGAUUGGAUAUUGCCUGAUGCACAUAGUUUUUGAGUGGGUAAAUGAAUGUUCGUCUGUGCCAAAUGCAUUUUUGCUGAAAAGUAUAUUUCAACUUUAUUUUUUAAAUGCUCAAAAAAGUGCUUAUUUUCAAAAUAAUUUUCAUUAACCUCUACCCGCUCCCGGAAUUUUUUUUAUGGUAAAAGUUUUUAAAAUUACGAGUCUUUUUUUAAUAUUUAAACGUUGAGAUCGUGAACAUUUUAUUUGAAUUAAUAACUAUUUCACAGUCUCAAUUUAAUGCAAAACAUGAUAUAACAUUUUCUUUAAAAGGUUGGAUUUAAAAACAGACCUAUCCUUACCUCCAGUUCUGCACUGGGGCCUUUUUUAAUGACUAGAUUUGUCAAACCAAAAAUGUGGUUAUUUUAAAGGCUCUUAACUAAACAAUACUACCGCAUAGGUUUUAAUAGUUGUAGCUGCAUAGCUCUCUGAUGUGAUUUUUUUAAGCUCUAAAUAAAUUAGCCAAUAUUGACUACUGCAACGACUGGAACCAGAAUGACAACGUCCCUUGAUCGGCCUUAGUCCCGUGAAUAAUGAAAUAGCUGUACGGGAAUGUGUGUAGUUAUCCAAAGAUGCCCUCUUACUUUUUUAGGUGUUGCAAAGCGAAGUCAAUCGUCAGGUUUGACAUUUAAUUUUCAAGAGCGAAUUACUUUCAAUACGCCGGUUUGGGUUCUUUGAGUCGCGGUGGUGCGGUGGUUAGCACAAUGCGUGAAAUGUAACCCAGUGACCUGAAUCCCGAACACUUCCCCCUUCACCAGCAUGUACUAGCCAUUCUAGAUUUGAAGCUUCCGUGACUGCAAGGAUUCAUACUCUUAGUUUUUUCGGUAAAGUCACGUAGGUAAAAAAAUGAAAUAAAAAUUAAUAAAAAAAUAAAACAAUUAAUAAAAAUCACGACGUUUCGGAGGCAACACAAGUCUCCGUCAUCUGGUGGGACUGUCACAGCCAGAUUUGCUGUAUCAAGUAUAUCACUUAUUAAUUUCAUUUUUUACCUACGUGACUUUACCGAAAAAAACAAGAGUAUGUACUAGCCAGCAUGGUGAAGUAUGGUCAAAAACGACUCUGCUCAACACAGAAUGGGGGGGGGGGGGACCAAUCAUCCAACAGUGGCUUGACAAUCUGCCAUGAAUUGAAACGAGCCGACUUCGUCUCGACUUUAGCCAACCUAUGCCGUUGUCUAAGAGACUUUGUACUUUUUGAUAAAACAAGAACAUUGAUUCAAUUUGUCAUAGCACAAUGUUAUGAACUACCGUGAUAGUCCUCAGGCAAAUUGUUAGUGAAUUACUACAAACGAUGGACUUGUUAUUCUUUGACAAAUAUCCGGUACAUGUUUGUAUGUACGUGUGAUAUGUUAUUCUGGGUGGCUAUGCAGCUGCUGAUAUGUUUGAAAAUCAAAAGCUUACUCGUCACCGUCAUAUUAAUUUUAUAUCCGCCAACUGUUGGUGUGUUUUCUUUUUGCGAGCGAAUGUAGAACGCUGUGACAUUUGUGCUCUUCCCGCAUGCCUUGAACCCCUCUUUACUAAUCCCCCCGCCUGCCGACCAGCGUUUCUAUAACAACUCUAACAAAAACUAAAAUCGAGGAAUGUGUUGUUACGACCAGUGUAGUUAAUAGUUUUUUUUUUUUGCUCAAAUUCCCAGCUGUUAAUUAUCUUCUUUGGCCUUGCUUUUAAAUUAUAAUUGAGAUUUAUUUGAAGUUUCCCCCUCCCCCCCAUCCCUUUAUUUUUUUGUGCUGUUGAAUAUAAAGUAUAUUUUACAAUUGACAAACGUUUUAAUUUAUUUUACGGUUAAGACAAUGACAGUAUUCAUUCGGACAAUUUCCCUCACGGCAAACGAUUGUGUAUUGUGAAUACCAGGCCCCUGAUUUCAUAACCGACAGCAUUGGCAAGGCCCUGCGCCGACAAGGCGCACUGAGAGCGUGAAUAAACCGUUCAUCUUAAAAGUUAGACGUCUAAUUGUUGCGCGCUUCGCAAAAAAAACGGAUGAAUUAUUGUCGGCAAAGGUCUGCUUAUUCACACAUACACGGAUGGGUUUGCUGUUGAGCAAAAUGUUAGAACAUUUUUUGACAUAUGUGGCCUUGUGCACUAAACCUGGACUGUUGAACUUGGCAAUGUGAAUACACAAUAAAGCGUGUGAAAUUUCAAA